GAGUUCCUCUGCUCUCUCUCUCUCUCUAGAAAUUACACCUCUUUCUCCUCUGAAAUCAAAGCUAUACAUACACAAAAUCUGUAUUUCUACACGGAUGAUCAAAUCCAUAACCGGAUUUUGCCUAAAAAGUUGGGGAUUGUUUCUUAUUUGAGGUAAGUUUGGACGUUUAUUUUCUGGAUCAACGAAAAUGGACCCAAAUUCAUGGGCUCGUCUCUCUACUUAUAACUCUUCUUCCAGGCGUUAUCCAUCUCGAUCAGCAGAUGCAUUUCAUCUCGUGGAAGAAACUGAUGGUGAUGACCCAAGGCCUGAGUAUUUGUGCCCAUUCUGUGCGGAGGAUUUUGACAUUGUGGGUCUUUGUUGUCAUAUUGAUGAAGAGCAUACAGUUCAAGCAAAGAAUGGGGUGUGCCCGAUAUGUGCAAAAAGGGUGGGAACUGGUUUGGUUAGUCAUAUUACCAUGCAGCAUGGAAGUCUUCUCAAAGUUCAACGCAAGAGGAGGUUCCGUAGAGUUGGACCCAACUCAACUCUUUCUAUUUUAAAGAAAGAGUUACGAGAAGGAAACCUGCAGUCUCUUCUUGGAGGUUCUUCAUUCUUGGUCCCAUCGUCCAUGAACACAGAGCCCGAUCCGUUGUUAUCUUCUUUCAUGCACAAUACUGCUGUUGAACCGUUACAAGAUCUCAAUCAUUCCUCUACUGUGGAAAUGUCCAUAGUAGAAAGCUCAAAUAAAGACUUGUCAGCAAGGAGUGAAAAACAUCAGGGUGGUAGACUUUCUGGUGAAGAUGAGGAGGAGAAGGGUCGGCGAAGUGCGUUUGUGCAAGGGCUGCUGUUGUCGACUUUCCUGGAUGAUGAUUUAUAAGCUACAUGAAACCACUGCCUAAUAUCCAGAGUAUCCAUCGUAUCUAAGUAAAGAUCGACAAGAGAGGUACCACGUGCUGAAUUUCCAUCGCUAGAUGGUGUAAACAAGAGGAACGCAAAUCUUGUAAUGUAUUAAGAAUCCAGAUAUAUAUGAUGCUUAAUUCAUAAUAGAUACAUGCGAACUUGGCUGCUUA